GAAGUGAUAUAAAAGAGGACGAUACCGUGUCCAGGUCACAACAACAAAGCAAAGAACACAGGAAAGAAGCCCAUCUCUGCAGCCAACGCUUUGCACCUCCCGCAAGAUCUUCACCAUGAGACGGUCACUGAUGUCGGUCCUCUUCGCCGUAGCGCUGUUUUUGGAGUGCUACGCUGUGGCAGUGGCUCUGCCGAUGGGCCAGACCGACGACGGCUCCUUGGAGCGCGAUACGUUCGUCUCGCUGCUGAGCAACGAGGCAUCAGAAAACGCCCUGAUCGACGGAGACUCGGCAGCAGCGGGCAAAACCAGGGGGCAAAGGGUCAUCGUCAUCGCCGAUCCCAGCCUGUGGAGGGACCUGCGGGGGCCACACAACGGACUGACCGUCUACAAGCGGAGAGCUGACGACAACGGCCAGGACCCGAACAUCCCCAUUCUGAGGAGGGACACUAUGAGGUGCAUGGUCGGACGGGUGUAUCGGCCCUGCUGGGAAGUCUAGGAGACUGCUCGAUCAAGGCGCCAAAACAGCGGCCGACUUUUAUCGUUUCAUCCCGGGCAGCGAGUUGCAACGUCACUGUGUCUGUACUGAAAUGAUCGCAGAUCUGAAAAAUAAAACUCCUGAAUUCUG